AUGGCUAGUGAUAAUUCGACUCUUCUCGCUGCGAGCGAGAUCUCAGCCGCAAACGUAACAGAGUCUCUAGCAGCCAGUCAGACUCUCACGGAGAAACUUGCCAGCCUACCAGAAAUCCUCUGGAACAAUAAGGAUUUUUUCCUUCUCGAAGGCCGCAUCAUCUUCACGGCAAUGGCUUGUAUUUACAUCGGGUCUCAAGCAGCCCUUCGUCGCCCUCCGUCUGCAAAUCCCGCCAAGAAGGGUAAGAAAGGAGGCCAGAGAAAUCAAGAUAAGGAAGACGAGCUUGUUCAAGGCCUUCUACCUUCUGAUGCCAUUAUGCUUCCUAUCAUGGCUGGAACGGUCCUCACAGGACUCUAUUACUUGAUCAAGUGGCUUGAUGACCCGGAGAUCCUCAAUAAGAUAUUGAGAGCAUACUUCUCAAUCAUGUCCCUAGUUGCCAUGGGGAAGCUCCUUGCUGACUCACUAAAUUACAUUACUGGAUUCAUAUUUCCUACUGUGUGGCUUGCAAAGAAUGGUAAGCUAUACCAUAUCGAUACCUUGGAAAAGGGCCAGUGGUCUGUUAAUGGGGACUCUGCCGAACAAGUAUGGGACGACAAGAAGAAAAGUCCUCUUCCAUAUUGGUGGUCUGAGUUGAAUGUUUCCGAUGCGACGAACAGUUUACUUUGGGAAAUCCGUCGUCUACUUACGGAAGAAUGGACUAUUCGCCUCUCGAUCCACGGCAUUACGAACCAGAAAUUUAAAGUCAAGUUUAAUGAUAUUCUUGGCAUUGUCCUUGCCAUCCAAGCGAACAUAGCAUACUAUAUGACGCAGUCGAACUUUUUAUCCAACCUUAUGGGCUACUCCUUUUCUUAUACCGGUAUCAUCUUGAUGUCUCCAACCACGUUCGCCACUGGAACUGCUGUCCUUUUCGGGCUCUUCUUCUAUGACAUUUACAUGGUUUUUUAUACCCCUUACAUGGUGACGGUCGCUACCAAGCUUGACGUUCCUAUCAAACUCGUCUUCGAGGGACCCUCUAAAGCCAGUAUGCUCGGACUAGGUGACAUUGUACUUCCUGGAAUCUUCGUCGGGCUAUGUCUGCGCUUUGAUCUCUACAUGUACUAUUACCGGCAACAAAAGUUCGUCCCGGUGGAGUUAAAAAGCGAGGAUGAAUCUUCAGGCCGAAUCGUCACUAAUAUGGAGACACAACGCAUGGUAAUCAAAACGGACUAUCUCAACCCACAAGGGCAAUGGGGAGAUUGGUUCUGGAGCACGAAAUUUGGCAAAUUAUCGACAAAUGCCACGCCCGUGUUAAAAGCUGCAGCAUUCCCUAAACCAUAUUUCUACGCCGCUCUAACUGGAUACCUGCUUGCUAUGGUAGUGACUUUAGUUAUGCUUCUGGUCUACCGCCACGCACAGCCAGCAUUGCUAUACCUUGUUCCUGGCGUUGUUUUCGCCGCUUGGAUUACGGGUCUAUUCAGGGGAGAACUUCGCGAGAUGUGGGGCUAUACAGAAGAUGGUAGUCUAGAUACUGCAGAUACAAUAGUGGAAGUCGAUGGAAAUGGAAAUGUCAUUAAUAUAGUUCAGAGCAAGGACGAGACUAAGGAUAAGAAGAAGGACGAUAGCAAGAGUGACGACAAGACAGAAGAUAAGGCGGAUACCAAAGCUAGCGAUGAUGCUUCCCUUAAUGGUAAAUCGACCAAACAGAACACUUCUUCCAACAAAGAGGUUGGCGAGAAAGGCGAGCUUAAGGCUGAGAAGGAUCCUAAGCCUGAAACCAAGAAGAAUAAGGGGUACCCUGUUUUCCUUUUCUCGAUUGAGGUUCCAGCACCCAGCGAAACUAGCGGUUCAUAG